CUAUGUUAUUUGAAAGCGCAGCAUGCGACAUCCCUUUACAAUAGAGUAAAGUGGAUAUCAAUGGGAUAUUGGGAGGAUAACCAGCACCAAUAUCUCUACAUAAAUGACUGCGAAGUUACAAAUGGAGAGGUUAAAUUUAUAACUCUUGAAGAUUGUAAUAAUAUAUUAAAAGUAGUUAAAAUGCUGCAACAAGGAGAUUGUAUGUUGCCCGGAAAUAAUGAUAUAUCUCUCAGAAAAAUUCGGAGUAUAAUUAGCCAAGUUUUUCGAAAUAUUAGAAAUUCUAUGAACCAGAGUGUGUCUAGCGCAGAAGACGACAGAACCGAAGUUGACGAAAUAGAAGAGGUUGACCAUGCUGUUAAUCGUAUGCUUGCUCCUGACAGGAUGUCUACUAACAACCAAUAGCCAAUAUUUCUCUAAUACAGAAUUCAAU